UAAUUACUACACAGUACACUGCUAGAUGCGAUGCCCAAUGGAAUAUAAUACAUAAUAUUAUUAAUUUAAUGGAUAAAAUUCACAAUUCAAGUUCGUUAAAUAAAAUUUCGUACAUAAUGAUUUAUUAAUGCGUCUAGAAUUUUGAUAAUAUUAUAUAUUAUGUAUAAAAUAGAAUAUUUACAUACACAUUAUGCCACAUAUAAUAUAUAAUAAUAUUUAAUGAUUACCUACCUUUAUUUUUCUCGUACUAUAGACACCUCUGAUGAAUCUCAAGUAGACGUAAUAAUAAAUUCAAAUCUAUUUUGUAUCGGUUUCUGACUUGCGGGCUGCCGCCACGCGUGGUAUCAAACGCGUGCGGUAUCAUCGGUAUGCUGAUAUAUUCGAAACGACGACUUGAGUCUAUUGAUUUGCACCAUAAACACUACAAAAAUCGAGUCAUUCGAGUUUGCUUAAUACUUUGGUGUGGAACUAUUAGUAUUUAGUAAAACUCGUCAACGUGAUGGAAGUCGAUCAGAACGAGGAGAACCCAAGACAUGGCGGAUGCGAAGGUCCGAAUUCUAUGUAUAUCAAGCUAAUAUCGAGUGACGAGCACGAGUUUAUUGUCAAGCGAGAGCAUGCCAUGAUAUCAAGCACAAUAACAGCUAUGUUAACUGGUCCAGGCCAGUUUUUAGAAAAUCAAAUAAAUGAAAUCCGUUUCAGAGAUAUACCUUCUCAUAUUUUAUAUGUGGUAUGUAUGUACUUCGCAUAUAAAGCUCGUUACCUUAACACCACAACUGAGCCUCCCGUGUUCCCUAUUUCACCACUAAUUGCACGUGAACUUCUGAUGGCAGCUAACUUUUUGGAUUGUUAAUAUUGAGUAAUAAUAACUAAUAUUUACAAAUUAUUAUGAUUAAAUAAUUUAAAUAAUCUAAGCUUUUAAAACAUUCUUUUUUAUAUAAUUAAUAGAUUGAUAAAUAUAAAUUUGUAUUAAAUAUUAUUUAUUGCAACUAUAAAUUAUAAUGUGAUUACAGAU